CUAAUUACUACUAACAUUUAUACAAUGGCAACCAAUAUGAUUCUCCUAAUUGUUGCUUCUACACUUGUUUUAUCCACAAAUGCAAUUAGGAGCCUUGAUUCCAUGAAAUCUCAAUCAGAUGAACACAUGAAGUUUGUACGUCAUCCAAUUUUACCACCAUUUUUGGGUGGUCACGGGCUUGGUAGGCCCGCAUUUGGUGUAGGGCCGGUUAUUGGAUUCGGUCCUUUUGGAGGAAUUGUGGGGGGAGUCGGUCCAAACAACGGUGGCGGAUUGGGUUUCGGAACAGGAACUGGAACUGAUAAUGGAAGUGGAUUAGGUUUUGGAACUGAAAUUGGGAGUGGAUCAAAUUUCGGGUCUAGCAAUGGAGGAGGAGGUUUCGGGUCAGGAAAUGUCGGUGGAGGUUUUGGUUUUAACGGUGAUAGCAAUGGAGGUGAUGGUUCAUUUGCUAGUGGCCAAGCUAAAGCAUCACUUGGAAAUCAGAAACCUUGAAUUCAUCAUCAUAUGAUAUAUUACUAGUAUUUACUAGAUUUCACACAAAUAAAACUAACUUCGCAUAUUGCGCUAGUUACUAAUUAUUUAGGAGAAUUACUCAUCUUCCUUUCAAAUAUAUAUAUGUUAUGGUUUGAUUUGGCAUAUUCUUAUAUUAUGAGUCAAAUUUGUAGUUUGGCUGAUUAUGCAAGUUUUAAUAACACGUAUGUGUUUCUUAA